UUAGAAAGACAACCCUCACAAUCUGCAUCCACUCCUGGCUUCACUGACUGUAACAAACCACCCAGAAACUGAAUACCUCAAUAAAUAAAAGGGGAUCUCUUAAGAGGUGACAUGAACCUUGAAGAGUAUUUUGCAAGAACUGGCUAUAAAGGCUCCCUUGAAAAGCAAGAUUUGGAAACCUUAACUGAUAUAUUCCAGCACCACAUCCGUGCUGUUCCCUUUGAAAACCUCAGCAUCCACUGCGGCGAGAAAAUUACUUUGGAACUGGAGCAUGUUUACAACAAAAUCGUGCAGAGGAAGCGGGGGGGCUGGUGCAUGGAAAACAACCAGCUGCUGGGCUGGGUCCUGAAGUGCCUGGGGUACGACACCAGCUUCCUGGGAGCAUAUGUGUUCAACCCCCACCAAAACACAUAUGCCACCCUCAUGACCCACCUCCUGGUAAAGGUAGUCAUUGAUGGCAAAGCCUACAUCGUUGACGGAGGCUUUGGUGUGUCCUAUCAGAUGUGGCAGCCCAUGGAGCUCGUGUCGGGGAAAGACCAGCCCCAGGCUCCCGGCGUCUUCCGCUUCACGGAAAAAAACGCCGUCUGGUACCUUGAGAAAAUGAGACGGAAACAGUGUAUCCCCAACCAGAACUUCUCUAACUCUGACCUGCUGGAGAAAAAAGAGUGUCGGAAGGUUUAUAUGUUCAGCCUUGAGCCACGGACAGUGGAAGAUUUCCGUUUCCAAUGCACGUACCUUCAGACUUCUCCAGAUUCCCUCUUUACAAAGAAGUCCAUCUGCACCCUCCAGACCACCGACGGCUUCCGAGCGCUAAUUGGGUGGACGUUCACUGAGACCACGUACAACUACAAGGAAAACAUGGAUCUGGUGGAGUUUGUAACCCUUGAAGAUGAAGAGGUGGAAAAAACCCUCAAAGAGAAAUUCAACAUUACCCUAGAUAGAAAACUUGUCCCAGUUAAUGUUAAAGGAUCUUACACAAUCUAGAUGAUCAGGAAAACCUACAACAAUGCUACGUAGGUACAGUACCUUCCACUGUCUGUGCAAUCCCUUCUGCAAGGUUAUGGGAUUCAUUUACAGGUGACUGAAAGACAAAUACAUUAAUAUGGGAUUAAAGUGAAUUUCACUUUGGGAAAAAUUAGGAAUUUAAGACUCUUGAGUUAGUCAGAUAGAAUUAUUUGCUGUGAGAUGACUGCCAUUCAAUUUUUGGCACAAACGUAGGAUCUGAUUUGAAUCUGGUUAUAAGCUUGGGUAAGAAAUAUGUCUGGGGUAUAUUGGACUGCCUGUAGCACACAAAUAGGAGUAUGGAUUAUUGAUUGUGAUGUGCUGCCAACACAUUUUCUGUGGUUAUUAUAGGGAGACAAGUCAUCUGUGAGCAUUUAGACAAUGAAGUACACAUUUAAAACUUCAUUUUUCAUAAGAUCCGACCACUCACCACUCAUGUCAUUUCUCUGCCUUUGUCAUCUUUGAAAGGAGCAUUGGGAGGCAUAAUUCUUUUGCCAUCAUCCUUAGACAAAACAUAGUACAAAAUGAAAAUUAUCAUCAUGUGCAUCUUUUUGGCCAUUACUGCAGUAAACCAAACUACCAAAAAGUAAUUUUUGGUAUGUACAGAUUUUUCUGGUGAUGAAAAUUCUAUAUAUUGCAGUGUUAUUGUGGCUGAUGGGCUCUAAGGAGAUAACUACAAGCUUUGCUUCUGAUAAGUAAUCAUCCUAUAAAUGGUGAUUAAACGUCACAGCUGGCUUAGAUUUACUUUUGUCCCAAAAGGGGUAGAAAUGUUGUAUUUUUAGUAUUUCAUUUUAUUUGUAUAACAAAGGUAGAACAAUGAAGCUAAGCCCACUAUAUCCUUAAUUCUCUACUCUCUGUGUAUAGCAAACAUAAGAGUCCUUGUAGCUGUCCUGCAUGGGAACUGCUUAGCACAGGAGCUUAAAUGUCACAAGGGAGUUUGCUCAUCUGUAUCAAAGGGAAAACAAAACCAGGAGCCAGCCAAAUCUAAAAGAAACUCUUUCUUUUGAAUUAUUUCACAAUCACGUUUCCCCAUUUUUAAAAAAAAUAUUGUUCCUCCUACCAUGCUUCUCUGCAAAAAGCCCAACCAAGGGGAAACAUUCUUAAAUACAUACAAAAAUAGCAGAAGCAGUGAAAAACACUCUUUCUCCCCAGUCUAUGAUAAGCCUGAGUAUUGGUCAAAUGUUGAUUCCUCCCACUGAUAGUGUAUUUUUGCUCAAAGGCAUCACCUGAUCGUUAAUCUCACAAAUGCUGUAAGUGUAUACCAGAAAAUAAAUAAAAGGAAAAUAAAACCAUUAAGAGUUGUUUUAAGUACAGCUGCCCCCAGCUGCAUGACUCCUGCACACACCAUCUGCUAAGUGGGGUCUGUUCACUCCUGAUACCGACCUGCAACCCUUCCCACCUCAAACUUCCUUGGAUCAUUAAGGUUGGAAAAGACCUUUACGAUCAUCAAGUCCAACCCUCAAACCCAGCACCAGGUUCACCAUUAAACCCUGAUCUCAAGUGCCACACACAUCCACAUGUUUUUUGAACUCUUCCAGGGAUGGUGACUCCACCACUUCCCUGGGCAGACUGUUCCAAUCCUUUACGACCGUGGUGGCAGCUGAUGGCCUGGGUGCACUUGUCAUUGCCCAGGGAUGAGGAACUGAGGACCAAGCAAGAGGUGAUAGGGGACACAGAGUUCUUACUGAGGUGAGAACACAGCUUUUCUAUUAAUAAUGAAACUAUGGGAUUUGUUGGGUAAUUUGUAUUCAUAUUAUUCUCUUAUAUUAAGGUCCCAUUAAGGGGGUUUACCCUUUUCUAAGUGAUUGAUAAUUACAAGGUGUUCCCUGAGACCUCAGGGAACAUUACAAGCUUCAAAACACUCACCACCUCCAUUCUAACCGAUGGAAAUUCCCAUCUGCACUCACCCAGGUAACCAAACCAUAUUUCUGUAUGCAGUGAACUACAGCUGUUUUCUGGUGCUGCUCCCUCUUGAGGACAGUCAUUAACAGAGUGGUUAUUCUGCCUCCCAGCUUCUCUAGAGGUGUUCCCGCUGUUGCUCCCAGAUAAUUGCUUGGGUUGUGAUAAUACAAAGGUUUCUUGAGCAGAGGUCUGUGGACUAAUAUCAGCAUUUUUAACUGUGCCUCCAAUAAUGGGAUUCAACUCCCUUCUGCUGUUCAGUUCAUAUUAAAAAUCUAUGGUGACUGAAGCUUCAA